AUUAGAUUUUACCUGCGGAAUUCGGUACUACAAAUUUCUGGGCGUUUCCAUGGUGACAUCAUGGAGCUGACUGACACGUACUGUUGUUAAUAGUAAAGCAGGAAGAAGAAAGGCAGUCAAGCAGAGAGCGAAGAGAAAGCUAGGAGAGCUUAGAGAGGCGACAUUGUCCAUUCAAGAGUCUCUUCAGAUCUCUAUCCCUGGUUCCAUCAUGAACGUGUUUGACCGCAAUAUCAACAUUGACGCUAUCUUCAAGUUCUCCCAAAUAUCUCAUUCCACCCAGGUGCACUUGAAGAAUGUGUACUCCAGCCUGGCAGUUUGUAUGUUUGUGGCUGCAGCUGGCUCCUACGUCCAUGUCGUCACACGCCUCUUUCAGGGCGGUGUGCUGUCUGUGCUCGGCUCCCUGGGGAUGAUGUUUUGGCUCGCAAUGACGCCUCACAACUCUGAGACAGAGAAGAAGAGACUGGCCAUCCUCGCAGGAUUUGCCUUCCUCACAGGUGUUGGCCUUGGCCCCACACUGGACUUUGUCAUUGCUGUCAAUCCAAGCAUCAUUGUGACGGCUUUCAUGGGAACCUCAGUGAUUUUCAUUUGCUUCACUCUCAGCGCUCUCUACGCCAAGCGCAGGAGCUACCUGUUCCUCGGAGGCACACUGAUGUCUGGCCUCUCCCUCCUGUUCCUGAUGUCUGUGAUGAACAUGUUCUUUGGAUCUGUGAUGCUGUUUAAGGCGCACAUGUACCUCGGGCUGCUCAUCAUGUGCGGCUUUGUCCUGUUUGACACUCAGCUCAUCAUUGAGAAAGCAGAGAACGGAGACAAGGACUACGUCUGGCACUGUGUGGACUUGUUCCUUGAUUUCAUCACCAUCUUCAGGAAACUGAUGGUCAUCCUCGCCAUGAACGAUAAGGACAAGAGGAAGGAGAAGAAGUAAAGAGUCUGAGUGGCUGCAAAUUAAAAACAAUCUGUCAGACAAGGUACAAAUUGCAACGCACUUGGUGCUUUUCACUUCCUGUCUUCAUUUAUUGAAUUAACUCCUAUGUGGUCUUAUAUUAUCGAAAAUUUGUUUUGAUUUAUUUUUUAAACUUACAACCAGGGUUGAAUGUAAGUUUAUGGUAAACUAAUGCUAGUCCCCUCAUGGCUGUGAAUGGACAAUAGAGUAAUGCUGCAGUGAACACGCUUGGCCUGUAGAGGGGAGUGUUGCCCUAUAAAGACUCCCAGAAGCUGAGCAGAAGAUUUUCAUAUUACUGUUAUUUAGUGCCAUAAAGUAAUAACAUGAUAGGCUCCUUCUUAGUGGGUCAUGUGAGCUUCUGAGACCGAUCAUUGUUGUCUUUUAAGUUAUGUAAUUUCAGUCGUUGAUUUGCUUAUUUAUAGUUUUCCUCAGUUCUCUUUAGUGCAGUGUCACAGGAUAUGAAGUCCCAUGAUUUUGACAACAGAUCUUCCCUCUGAGAAUUUUCACCUGUAUUUGUUUUGUUCCCACAAAUUUUGUUUUGUGAUAAACAUUUUGAGUAAGAAUGGUGACGCCUGGUAAUAUUUACUCAUCAUAAUCAACGCUGACUGAUUUAGACUCACGGCCGCUCGGUGGUUAGGAUUUUGGACUUUUGGCCGGUGGAGGAGGAAGAGGCAAUCUGUCCAUAUUUUCAAUGUGGAUCAUGACAAAGACGUGAAUUAUUCAGACCUCUCCCAGUGUAAAUUUCUCUAAAUAUCUGUUGUCUAGGAAUUAGUUUGCCAAAUGAUACGCCGUUAACCUUCGAUUUUUUGAAAGUGUAUACUGUGAAGAAUUUAUUUUAUUGAUGUAAAAUUGAAACUAAUAAUUUGAUACAUUUGCUCAAAUAAAUGUGUUGAACGUA